AUGCCGUGCAAAAAAAUCCUUAUCAUCUUGAGUGAUGCGUCCUCGAUUCCUCUGAAGAAAACCAGCGGGCCCAACGCCGGUCAAACAGUAGACCAGCCCACAGGAUUUUUCCUCCAAGAACUAGCCAAGCCGCUUCAAAAGUUACUCGACAAAGGCCACGAAGUGACCUUUGCCUCACCCAAGGGCAAGGAACCAACACCAGAUCCGAAUAGCCAAUCUUUACUUGCUUAUGCGGGCAACUUCUACGAACUUCAGCACGAGAAUCAGCUCAUGGAACGCAUGAAGACCGAGAACGGGUUCAGCCAUCCACGGACCUUCAGCUCUAUUAGCAAUGAUGAAUUGACAACCUUCGCUGGGGUCUUCAUUCCAGGCGGACAUGCACCCCUCAGCGAUCUCGGAGCGGAUUCAGAGCUGGGGCGCAUCCUGCGAUUCUUCCAUAAGGAGAAUAAGCCCACUGCAGCGAUCUGUCAUGGGUCAUAUGCACUUCUCAGCACGAAGAAAGCUGGAGAUGGAUCCUUUGUUUAUGCUGGGUAUAAGAUUACAUCUUGGAGUGAUGCAGAGGAGAGGAUGGUGGAGACCUUGCUGGGUGGGGAGAUUGAUAAAGUUGAGUCGGCACUGAGAGACGAAGGUGCUGUGAUGGUUGAAGGAGUUUCUGAAAAAUUCGGCCAAACCACCUUGCACCGAGAGUUAGUCACUGGGGAUAAUCCCUUGGCAGCAAAUGCUCUCGGUGAUCGAUUCGUGAGGAUGAUCAGUGUUUAA